AUGCCCUCCACAAAGUUCAACCCCGACGCGCAGCAGGAAUUUGAAGAUUUGGUAUCAUGGGUCAAGAGCGCUCAAAUGGAACCUGAAAGAGGAAAGAAAAAUCGCUUGGUCUGCGUUGAUAAGGCGCGCGAGGAGAGAGUCCGUCCAUUUCUGGUCAAACUGGGAUACGCGAACGUACCGGUAAAAUCGCUGUUCCCCUCAAGCGAAUAUCAGGUUCUAAAUGGAAGAUAG